AUGAAGCACCUCGCAGCCUAUUUGUUGCUUAGCCUCGCCGGAAAAACUCCUGAUGCCAAAAGCAUCACGUCCCUUCUCGAAACUGUCGGAAUCGAGGCUGAUCCUGACAGGAUAAAGACCUUACUAUCAGAAUUAAGUGAUAAAGAUUUAAACGAAAUAAUUUCAGAAGGAUCAUCUAAACUUUCUUCUGUUCCAUCCGGCGGUGGUGCCGUCUCAUCCGGAGGUGCGGCCGGUGCUACCGGCGGUUCUGCUCCAGCUGAAGAGGCCAAAAAGGAAGAGGCUAAAGAAGAAGAAAAGGAAGAAUCCGAUGAAGAUAUGGGAUUCGGUCUUUUUGACUAA